AUGACGGAAACGCCAGCUGAUAACCCCAACGACAUCACAAUCGAGAGAGCCCCUGAGGAACUCUCCAGUAGUCUAGACACAACUUUUGACGAAACUUUACUAAAAAUCGACAAGUAUCUCCAAUCUCGGGUCAUAAGCUCGCUCAAAUGGCUUGCCUUCUCCUUCGACCGUCUUACUAUCGACCUUUUUACCGAAAUUCUCGCUCAACACACAGACAAGAGCGCUCAUCUUGACGAAGCAGAAAAACUAUCUUCUCCUCAUACUGUCCUGGAAGGCUUAUAUGGCUUGAUCGUUGUCGAUGAGCAUCAUGUUUGGCUAGCUGAGCCUUCUAUCAAGGAGUAUCUAACUUCCAGCAGAAUCAGACACGGUCCUGCAUCAGCUUUUUCGUUUACAGAGAUGGAAGCUCAUCUAUACAUUGCUCACUCCAGCUUGAUACAUCACCUCGAAUGCAAUCCUCCAAACACUUAUGAAAAAGAUGAGCAAAACGUUUCAAAAUUAAAGGUCUAUGCCGCUCGAAAUUGGCCUCUGCAUCUUGAAAUGGUCCCUCGCUCAUCAUGGCCUCUCGAGAUUGCCCAAGCCGCGAAUCUUGCCCUGGCUAUGCGCAGUCCCAGUCUAUUCAGCAUGAUUGACUCGCUCACCGAAAAUCCCUUGAUUUACACUGCUUAUUUGGGGGCAACUCAGCUCACCGAGAUGUUAAUCUCAGAGGGGCUCGAUAGGCACGAGUAUAUUACUCAAGGGGACUUGGAUGUAGCCUUGCUAAAUGCAAGUUCAGCAGGGAAGCUAGAAACUGUUCGUCUCCUCGUUGAUAAAGGUGCUGGAGUCGACUUGGAAAACGCAACACGUCGUAAUCCUCUUACACAAGCUGCCUUGGGUGGCCAUAUAGCAGUUGUGAGAUACUUUGUUGAGAAUGAAGUUCUGACUGCAGCUCUUGAUGGCACCGAUGUACGCAAAUGGACUGUGAAUGCUGCAGCUGCAGAAAGUCACUUUGAUCUCAUAGAGCUGCUUGUCCAUAACGGAACUGAGGUUGACGAAUACACCCUCGAAAAAGUAGCGGGAUCAUCCAGAGAUGAGGCGUCAAUAUUAGAAUGCUUACAGUUUCUCCUCGGUAACAGCCCCGAUAUCACCAAGAAAGGGGCAAUCUGUAAAGCAGCGUUCAGAGGGAAUUGAAAAGUAUUUGAACUACUGCUAGGUAAAGAG